GUUUCUGAAUGCAGUCCUUCUCUUAGUCUAAACGCUUAAAUAGGUGUAAAAAAAAAACUCAAUCAAUGACUUGACAAAAGGACCCAUGGAUGUAUAACAAAACGAAAGGACCAGAAAAGACUACAACGCAAAGGACUGUGGGAAACAAGUCAACCUCUACUCCCGGGUGACGUCAUCCAUGUGUUGCGUCCGUUACGUCUUCUGACGCUGCGCCAACUCAAGCUUGGCAGUUGAGAUGCGAGAUGUCAGGUAAAAGCGAAAGUCUUUGGUUUGCUAGUUUCUGCAACUUGACUAAACUGCCGCUUAACAGAAACACCACCUAAUAAACUUUCUGCUCCAUAGUGAACCAAAGGACUACUGUAAUUUGCAGAUAUGGGGGGCCUGAUAUCCCGAUGGAGGAAAAAGCCAACCACAAUUGAGCAGCUGGAGAACCAUGAAAAGGAGAUUAAAGAGCUGGAGGAGUUCAGAGCCAAAAACCAACGUUUGCAAAAGCUGUGGGUUGGCCGGUUGCUUCUCUACUCGUCAGUCCUAUACCUGUUGACCUCUCUGGUCGUGUACUGUCUCUACCUACCUGAUCAAUGGUUGCCGAGACUAGCCAUGACUCUGCCUUUCUUCAUAUACCCCGUGCUGGUGUGGCUCAUCAGAAAGUUGUUGAUCUUUCUCUUUUCCAAACGCACUGAGAGAAACAAUGAUAAACUGGAAGAUUUAAAGGCUUCCAAAAAAAAGAUUCUGGAGGAAGUGAUGGAAACAGAGACGUACAAAAACGCCAAACUCAUCCUGGAACGCUUUGAUCCCGAAGCUAAGAAGAAAGCUGAGCUGGAGUCGACUCCGGUGCGUCCUCAGAUGACUCCCAGGCCAGGACAAGAGAUUCGACAGAGAGGGGUGGCAAUGAGACCCAUGCCGAUGAUGGGCACCCCGACUGCAAUGGCAAUGACUCCUCUACCUGGAGCAGGGCCCCGAUAUGGACCAGGGGGCACACCUGUGGCUCCAGGAGGACCACCGGAGAGAUCUGCUCUGUCUGCCUCUUCCCUCCAAGGGGCGGUACCCAGGACCCCCUGCUCUCCAAUACCAGGAGUAGGCAUGCACCCACCAGGUCCCCCAUUAGCAAGACCCAUUCUGCCCAAAGACAGGGGAGCCAUGGACCGAGUCAUUGAAUACCUUGUAGGGGAUGGACCACAGAACAGAUACGCUUUGAUUUGCCAACAGUGUUUUUCUCAUAACGGCAUGGCUCUGAAAGAAGAGUUUGAAUAUCUAGCAUUCCGUUGUGCGUAUUGCUACUUCCUGAAUCCAGCCAGGAAGACACGCCCUCAGGCGCCCAGGCUUCCGGAGUUCAGCUACGAGAGGAGGCUGCGAGCAGAAUCGCGUUCCCCUGGACCAACGCCGCGUUCUGGGACAGACACAGAGGAGAGUGCACCCCCUUCUGGAGCCAAGGCUCCAGCUCCGCGGAAUUUGGUCCACAGUUUCCGGAUCCAGCUGAGUCCAAAGAACCCUCAGAACAUACCACUGCAGAGUCCAGAUGAGAGAGAGUUGGUAGAAGAUGAAGGACCCACUAAAGAAGUAGAGAGUGAGAGCCAAUCAGUGGAGCAGCAGCAGCAGGAGCAGCAGGAGCAGGAGCAGGAGCAGGAGGAGGAGGAGGAAGAAGACGGGGUUCAGAAGGAGGAAGAGGUGGACUCAGAGCAGAGUCACAGCGCCCCCUGUGAGACAGAGUCUCAGCCAUCGUAGUUGCAGAGAGUCCAGAAGAGGGCCAGGGCUGUCGGAUCAUUCGGUCCAAACAAAAGGUGUUGGUAUUGGCCAUGAUAGACAGGUGGCAUUUUUAAGCAAUAUAACUGAACAAGGAUUGUCACCAACAAUAGUUUAACAAUAUUGUUUUUCCUUGCAACCAAAAACUACAUCAAUCACACUUUUACUUUUGUCUAAAUGAGAAAGACGAACCAUGUAAAGGAGAGUAUGUAGCACGAUGUAGUAAAUGGUGUGUAUUCUUAAUGAAAAACAUUAACUUUGGUCAUACUGCAUUAUGUUCAUCAUAUGUAAUAAUACAGUUGUCCAACUUUAUUGCCUAAAAUGAUGCCAACAUAUCAUGGCCUUUUGAGUUUGAUUGACUGCGAAGGUGUCAGGUCGAUGAUUGUAGUAUAAAUCUUAAGGCUUUUUCUCGAUAGAGCAGUUGGCUGCUGAUAAUGCUCUGUAUGUGGGUACUGACAGUCAGUAUUCUAUAAUUUACCCUAUAUGUUUUUUUUUAGGCAUGAUUUGUUCAUAAAAAGUUGUGAUUUUAGAUAGAACUGCUGGUUCACAAAGAGUUUGUCUUUAGGCGCAGCAGAAACUUAAACAUGCUUAAAUCUCAAUUCCUUCACUGACCCUGACUCCACUCAGUGUCUGGGGUGUCUGUAUAAUUGGCUAAAUAUCAGUAGUUUAUUACAGUAUGUUUACAAAUGUAAGUACAGUACAUACAUGUUAUUUAUAGUUUUGUUGAUUGGUGAGAAAACAUGAAAUCAAACAGAGUGCAUCUUAAGACAAACCUUUUGUGAAUCAGGACAUCAUCGAUUGUGUUAACAGUAUGAUAUUAAGUUUCAAGGUCCUGCUAUAGCUUUCUUCAUCUCCUGCUUUUCAUCCCCCCAAACAAGCUCUUAGCAUACUAAUACAUUUUGUUUGGAUACAUUUGUUAUACCCACAUUUUACCAAACACUGACACAUGUCAACAUUUUGUCCUGCUGAAUCUUUAAGUUUUAUUUUAGGAUGUUUGAGCAGCUUGUCCCAGACAAGAGGUAUACCCAGAAAACACAGCUAACGUUCUCCUCAUUAGCUAAAAAAAAUGGAUGGCACUAACCAGAGAAAGCAGCUGCUGCAAGUCUAUACAUUGACUGUUGUUGACCAUACAUGCCUUUGCUUCUUCUUUGUUGGUGAGAAAGUUAACAUGCAGUCUAGCUUUUUCGUAGGCCAACUUGUGUCAGCAACAAAUUAUGUUAAAUGUCCCACUUAUUACUGCAGUUACCCAGAACAAUGUGUGCAGCACCCAAUAACUGAACUCACAUCAGCCAUCAGUGGUGCAGGAGAAAAUGUGUGUUUUGAGCAGAGGCGCAUGUUUGUAGACUAUUUUGAAUGUGUGGUAAAAACCAUAUAACCCUGCUGCUUUAUCUGCGCUCUCCCUAGAUAGAAACAUCCAGACUCAUCAGGUCUUAAUUUCCUAACCUAGAUUGGAUUGUAGUAUGGGAUAAGUAAACCUCUACAAUUUAUUUGAGUUGUUGGGUUUUAUGGAGAUCUUUGUUUGAAGUAGGGAGUUGCAAUGCAGGAGUACAUGGGGAUAACCUCACAGAAGGGCCCUGCCCAUACUGGGGGCGAUCCCAGUACUCAUCAGUGCCUACUUGCUGAGAAGCAGCAGUGCUAACCACUGAGCCACCAUGUUGAUGAGUUGAACUAAAAAUGAAACAGAUUCUGAAUAAAGUGGACAUGUGGAAGGUGAAAUAAUUUAAUAGACUGGAGCUAAAAUUGCCAAUUUAUCUCUAUCUGGUUAUUGGAAUAUAAUUUGCCAAAUGCACUGUUGUUUUAUCUGUAUUUCGAGACUUUAUUUGCACUGAGUUUCUCUUUGUAUUUAUUUGGCCACAUUUAUGUACAAGUAUGGCUGCACUGUUUAGUUUUAAUUGCCAUGGUAUUGAAACAACCGCUUAAAAGUAUAGGCCUGGUUUGCGUUCUGUAGCAUUUGUUGAAACAUUUUGGUGUUUUCUUCUUUUUGCUAACUUUCAUUUUAAGUGUUUUAAAAGUGCACUCACAGUAGGCACUCCUAGUGCGUACCUUGGUUACUACAGUUAUUUUCACGAGUUUACAGUGCAAUCUGCCCUGUGUCUAGCUACUGUAGCAACAUACAAAGUAGGAGGUCCAUUUGACCAGCCCUAGCACCUCAUGUUUUUGACAAUAAUUUCUCAGUUUGUUAUGAAAUGGAACCAGAAGAAAUAGUGAGUGUCUAUGCAAAUGUAAAUAUGUGGUAUCACCUGUGUUGUACAGGUCUGGUUCUAGAAACACACACAGGCUAUGUGGGCAAAGUAUUCUUGAGGGGUACACAGACAAUACAUUAUAUUUAAUGUGUGUUUAGUUUUUGAUUUUCACACUAAUUCUGUGUGUGUUUCUAGUUGUUGACCUCCUCAAAACCUCGCAACAACCCAGAAUCAUUUGGCAGAAGUUGGCCUUAAAGGUUUGGGCUAGCCUUCUAAGUCUGUACAUGGCAGCACAUAUGCUUUUGGACAAACCUUUGUUGAAUGUUGAAGAGAGACUUUGUAAUGAAUUUAAAGCCGCCUGACUCCACAGCUUGACAUGAUUUUUGAUUGACUUGUGGUUAGCUGAAUGGUUCCAGUGUUAACAAGCUCUUAAAUCCCACUUAAUACCUGCUGGUGGUGAAAAUGUGGUAAAAAUUCUAAUUAUGAAGCUGUCAUUUAUAUUUAAUAUUUAAAAAACUUCUUGUCUUGUGUAAUACCUGUUUACUUUGCAUUUGUAGUUUGUUUUUUCUCUGCUAGAUUUAUCAGUUACCUUUCUACCAACGCUGGUUGUCAUUAAGUAGGCACAUGGCACGCCUAAUAAAAGUUUCAACAAAACAA